GAUGAAAGAUAAGUUUACUGCUGACUGGAUAGAGGUUGGAAAACUUACAGAACCUAAGACUGAAUAUAAAGUGGAAGGCCUGAAAGAAAAAAUGAUAUACCAGUUCCGUGUAAAGGCCUACAAUAAAGCUGGUGUUGGUGAUGCUUCACAGCCAACAGAAAACCACCUCUGUAAACACAGGAACUUGAAACCUCGCAUUGAAAGAAGUACAUUCAAAUCUGUCAUAAUAAAGGCAGGACGAACACACAAAUGGUCUGUGGAUGUCAUCGGUGAACCCCCACCAGAGACCACAUGGUCAUGGCGCGAGAACAUUAAGCUGGUCAACACGGAACGCAUCAAAAUCGAGAACAAAGAGUACCAUACAGACUUCACAAUAGUGAACGCAGUGCGCAGGGAUACCGGCAAGUACACUCUCCGCGCCGAGAACUGUAACGGAUUCGACGAGGAAACAGUGGAGCUGACGGUGCUGAGCAAACCGAGUGCGCCGAAGGGUCCACUUGAGGUGACAGAUAUUCACGCGGAAGGCUGCAAGGUGAAAUGGGAGAAGCCGGAAGACGAUGGCGGUUCACCGAUCAAGGAGUAUGAACUCGAGAAAAUGGACCUCGCUACUGGAAAAUGGGUCCGUGUUGGAAGGGUUGCUGGUGACAAGAAGCCCUUGGAAAUGGAUGUGACUGGCUUGGAGCCCGGACAUCAGUACAAAUUCAGAGUGACUGCCGUCAAUGAUGAGGGCGACUCAGAACCUCUCGAGACAGAAAGACCUAUUCUCGCCAAGAACCCGUAUGAUGUUGCGGACAAGCCCGGCAAUGUCGAAGUUGCGGAUCACGACAAUCAAAGCGCGGAGAUCAAGUGGGAGCCGCCGGCGUCCGACGGUGGAGCCCCUAUACUAAAGUAUAUCAUACAGAAGAAGCCCAAGGGCGGCGAUUGGGAGAAUGCUGCUGAGGUACCGGGAACGGCGACCUCUGGCAAGGUGGAGGGUUUACCUGAAGGUAGCGAGUAUCAAUUCCGGGUUAUCGCCGUCAACAAGGCCGGCCCAUCUGAAGCCUCAGAGCCGACCAAGAUGACUACAAUAAGACACAAAGCUCUGAAACCUCGUAUCGACCGUACGAACUUAAAGGCUCUGGCCGUCCGGGCCGGCAAGCCGAUCUUCUUCGACGUCAACGUGAAGGGAGAACCAGCGCCUAAAGUACAGUGGUUCCAGAAGUGGAAGGGAGAGGAGAAGGAGGUGACGCAAAACGUGAUCAACGUAGAUUACAACACAAAGCUGGACAUUAAGGAGUCAGUCCGUUCAAUGACUGGCACGUACCGCAUCUUGGCGACCAACGAACACGGAAAAGAUGAAGCUGAAGUCGAGAUAACGGUGCUAUCAUCGCCAAGCAAACCCGGUGGGCCACUCAAGGUCACUGACGUCACCAAGAAUGGCUGCAAGCUGGCCUGGAAGAAGCCCGAGGAUGAUGGAGGAAAACCCGUCACCGGUUAUGUAGUAGAAAAAUUGAACAAGGCUACCGGACGCUGGGUACCUGUGGGCAGAACCGAUGACACCGAAAUGGAGAUCAAGGGCUUGCAAGAGGGCGAAGAGUACGAGUUCAGGGUGAAGGCUGUCAAUGACGAGGGCGAGUCGGAACCGCUGAAGACUGACCACUCGAUUAUUGCCAAGAAUCCAUAUGAUAUACCUGGAAAGCCCUCGGUGCCCACUAUCGAAGACUGGGACGUCGACCGCGUGGACCUCAAGUGGGAGGCGCCGAAGAACAAUGGUGGUGCACCUAUCACCGGUUACAUCAUCGAGAAGAAAGAGAAGUUCGGACAAUGGCACGAGGCACUUGUUACUACGACGCCAGAGUGCAAAGCGCGUGUACCGGAGUUGCGUGAAGGCAAUACGUACCAGUUCCGCGUGCGCGCCGUCAACAAGGCCGGCCCCGGUGAACCCGGAGAGCCGACACAGCCGCACGUCGCUAAGGCUAGAUUCUUGAAACCGUACAUCAACCGAGACAAGAUGGUGGCGAUACGCGUUCGCGCGGGAACCACGAUCAAGUUGGACGUUGACAUCAAGGGUGAACCUCCACCAACCAAAACCUGGACUUUCGCCAAGAAGGUCAUCGAGACCGGCGUUGGCGUAAAGUUAGAGAACGAAGACUACAACACGAAGUUGCAGAUCUUCGAGUCCUCCUGGAAGAACUCCGGCAUCUACACACUGAAAGCGGAGAACGACUCCGGUGUGGACGAAGCCACUGUGGAAGUUACUGUACUCGACAAGCCCGGAAAGCCGGAAGGUCCGCUGGAAGUAUCCGAUGUCCAUGCAGAACACGUAAAACUAAGCUGGAACAAGCCCAAACAUACUGGCGGCUUGCCGCUCAGUGCUUACGUUGUUGAGAAAAUGGACACUCUCACUGGAAAAUGGCAACCUGCUGGCACCAUUGAUCCUGACACUACUGAAGCGACUGUGACAGGCUUGGAACCAGGGCACACGUACCAAUUCCGAGUGAAAGCCCUCAACGAGGAGGGCGAAUCGGAACCCUUGGAAACAGACCACGGCAUUUUAGCCAAGAACCCCUACGACGUUCCUGCACCACCCGGUCUACCCGAUAUCGUGGACUGGGAUGAAAAGUCAGCAAAGCUCAAGUGGGAGCCGCCUAUCAGGGACAACGGUGCUCCUAUUACUGGAUACAUUAUUGAAGUCAUGGAUAGAGACAGAGGCGAGUUUGUCAAGGCGGCGGAGAUCCAAGGCAAUAUCUGUCAAGGCACUGUGCCGAAGCUGGAAGAGGGCAACCAGUACCAGUUCCGCGUACGCGCCGUCAACAAAGCUGGCCAAUCAGAACCUUCCGAAAACACACACUGGCACACUGCUAAGCCUCGUUUCUUGAAGCCGCGCAUCGACCGCACAAACCUGAACCCUAUUACGGUGAAGGCCGGUCUUCCGGUAUCUUUGGACGUAAAGGUCUUCGGCGAGCCGCCAGCCACUGUUACGUGGCACUUCAAGGGCGAAGAGCUGAAAAACGGACCCAACUUGGAAAUUAUCAACGUGGACUAUAACACCAAGUUCCUUAUGACGAAGAGCAAGAGGGCUAACAGCGGAAAAUAUGUAAUCAAGGCCAAGAAUGAGGUUGGAGAGGACGAGGCGGAAGUCGAGAUUACUAUACUUGGCAAACCCUCUAAGCCCAAGGGUCCUUUGGAAGUAUCGGAUGUGACCAAGAACAGCUGCACUCUUACUUGGGACAAGCCAGAAGACGACGGUGGGACUCCCAUUGAGUACUAUGAAAUUGAAAAGCUGGAUCCACUUACUGGACAAUGGUUACCUUGCGGCACCGCUAAGGACUGCAAGGCGAACGUGACCGGUCUGCAAGAGGGCAAGCCGUACAAGUUCCGCGUAAAGGCCGUCAACAAGGAAGGCGAGUCUGAGGAACUGGAGACCGAGAAGCCGAUUAUCGCUAAGAAUCCAUUCGAUGAGCCCGGUAAGCCUGGACGUCCAGAGCCGCGCAACUGGGACAAGGACUUCGUGGAGCUGGAGUGGUCGCCGCCCAAGGACGACGGCGGCGCGCCCAUCACCGGCUAUAUUGUGCAGAAGCGCGAGAAGGGCGGAAGAUCAUGGCAAGACUGCCUACGGACAAGUGGCGAGCGGCCGACGGGUCGCGUGACCGACGUGGAAGAGGGUCACGAGUACGAGUUCCGCGUCAUCGCGGUAAACAAGGCGGGCCCUGGAGAACCUUCCGAGCCCAGCCGCUCUGUUGUUGCCAAGCCUAGAUUCCUCGCGCCACAUAUCGAUCGCAAAUACCUUCAAAAGAGGAAGAUCAAGGUUGGUCAAACGCUCAAGAUGGAAGCAGACAUCAAGGGUGAACCUGAACCUACAAUCACAUGGACAUUCAACGACCAGACCCUCAAGACACAAGAGAGAUUGAAGAUUGAGAGCAAGGACUACCACACUUCGUUUACUCUGACGAAAGUAACCAGAGCAGAUACUGGGAAGUACGUGGUAACUGCUAAGAAUGACUCGGGAACUGAUACCGUCGAAAUCGAUGUUCAAGUUGUCAGUAAACCUGCUAAACCGAAGGGACCAUUGAAGGUCUCGGACGUUAAAGCAGACGGCUGCAAGCUGAAAUGGGAGCCACCAGAAGACGACGGUGGCGAACCGGUCGAAAGUUACGUUGUUGAACGAAUGGACACUGAUUCUGGAAGAUGGGUCCCAGUUUGCACCACAAAGACCCCAGAGGCUGAUGUAACUGGGCUCAAUGAGGGCAAGGACUACAUGUUCAGGGUCAAGGCUGUUAACCCAGAGGGAGAGAGUGAGCCGCUCGUGACUGAAACGGCGACUACCGCUAAGAAUCCAUACGGUGAGCCCGAUGCGCCAGGCAAGCCCGAAUUCAAGGACUGGGACAAAGAGCACGUGGAUCUUAAAUGGGAGAAGCCCACCAACGACGGUGGCGCCCCCAUCACCGCGUACAUCGUCGAGAAGAAGGACCGCGACACCGGCAAGUGGGUGAAAGCUGUUGAGGUUCCUGGUAAUAAGACUGAAGCCCGUGUUCCGGAUUUGAUUGAAGGCAAAACAUAUCAAUUCCGUGUGAAGGCUGUCAACAAAGCUGGCCCGGGCAAACCUUCCCAGGCCACAGACAACCUUCUCGCUAAGGAUAGGUUUGCGCCACCUAAGAUCGACCGUACGAACUUGCGCGACAUCACCAUCAAGGCAGGACAGAUGAUCAGACUGGACGUUAAGGUCAGCGGUGAGCCUCCACCGUCUAAGACCUGGUUCCAAAACAAGGAGCGUCUUUCGACGCGCGACGAUCUGUCCAUAGACACCGAGGAUUACCGUAUCAAGCUAUCAGUGGUCGUUGCGUCUCGCAAGCACAGCGGCACUUACGUUCUCAAAGCAGAGAACAGCAGCGGCAGAGACGAAGCCUCUAUCGAGGUCAAGGUGCUCGAUGUACCGGCUAAGCCUGAAGGACCACUCAAGGUGCGUCUCCAUUUAGAAAAAUACAAUAGCUAUAUAUAGCGAAUAUGCAAAUUAUGAGCAAGGCACGUGUACAGACUUGUUUUGGGGUUGGGUUUAGGAGGUAAAAGGCACAGGGGCGGCGAAACUAAUCUCGCUACUCGAUUGGCUUGUUGAUCUUUCAGCAGUCAAGGAUUGGUGCAAGCACCAUACAACUUUUAUGUAUAUUAUGUAAUUGGUUAAAGAAAUUAAUCUCUAAAAUCUCACCAAAAUUGGCCGAUUGCCAAAAUCAUUGUUCAAUUAUGUAAUCAUUAUAAACAGUUCUUUGCUGAACGAGCCUUUACAGUCUCGAUUGUUAAUACCCACGUUCGACAGUUUAGCGCUAGUAGUUAUAGACCUAGAAAAAAGGACGCAGUCUCUUAAAACAAUUACUGACGCACCCAGAAUAAGUCAGCUCGCUAAUACAAACAAGCCGGCAUGCACACAUGUACACCAUAAUAAAUCUACCGCCCGCCAUUACGCUCCAAACCGAGCCCGCUUAAUGUUAUGUGUUGAAAGAUGCCGUCUUGUGUAGUGAAAACCUGUCGAAACCAUAGUGGUUCCAUUAAAAAAGCCAAGGGAUCAUUUUUCAUAGGUAAGUAAGUAGAGUAGGCUUUCGUUAUCCAUCAAAAGAUUUAUACGCAUUUGUUGUACUUGCGAGAUGCUGAUCCGAAAGCUUUUAAGAGAUAAUAUAACUAUAUAUACCGAAAGGUAACAUCAGUACAUGCUAAUCAAAAUUCUGGAAAAAUUAAUAGCUAACGACAGGAAUUUUUUAAAUAGAAUUAGACCAUGCAUUUGCUGGAGUAGAACAUAAAAUAGCUCUCAUUUAAUAUAUAGCCGAAAAAUAUCAGAAUAUUUGAUUUCACCAUAUAGCUAAAUUGGAGGGAAUUUCUAAAUCUUUUGACAGU